AUGCCUUUGAUAGAUGCUUUUGCUUUGAUUCUUCCCUACCAGAAGUUCCUGAAAGAUGAUGUGAUGGAAAGGAUCAAAGAAGUUCAAGGGAUGGUAGUUCUCAGCCAUGAGUGUAGUGCCAUAAUACAGAAGCAAGUGAACCCACAGAAAUUAAGAGAUCAGGGUUCCUUUACUCUAUCUUUCUCCAUUGGUCCCUUGACCUUCAACAGAUGCCUAUGUGAUUUGGGAGCUUCAGUCAGCCUUAUGCCUCUAUCAGUAGCUAAUCGCUUGGGGUUUACAAGAUAUAAGCCAUGUAAUAUAUUUCUCAUCUUGGCUGAUAGAUCAGUAAGAUUGCCACAUGGAUUUUUGGAAGACUUACUAGUUAGGGUUGGAACAGUGGAAGUCCCAACAGAUUUUGUAGUAUUGGAAAUGGAUGAGGAACCAAAAGAUCCUUUGAUCUUGGGCAGACCUUUUCUAGCUACAGAAGGAGCUAUAAUUGAUGUUAGGAAGGGUAAAAUUGAUCUCAACUUGGGAGAAGACUUCAGAAUGACAUUUGACAUUGUGGAGGCUAUGAAGAAACCAACAAUUGGGGGACAAGUCUUCUGGAUUGAAGAGAUGGACAGACUAGUAGGAGAGUUGAUGGAAGAGCUAUCAGAACAGGAUCACCUUAAGAUUGUUUUAACCAAAAGUGGAGAAGAAGGGUUCCUCCACGAAGAGACCAAGGUUUAUGAGGAAAUAUUAGAUUCCCAUAGAGGGUGUGACACUCCAGAGGCAUUUGAGAGGUUGUCAGUAUCAAGAGAAGAAGUCUGGUCAGUUGGGAUUGCAGAAGCAGAGUGCUCGACCCCCACUUGA